UCCUCACCAGCCCUCCUACCUUCCCAGCGAAAACACCACCGCACAUCUCCCCGGCCAAGUAGCAGCAGCGGCAUCCAUGGCCCCCAAGGCGGAGAAGAAGCCGGUGGCGGAGAAGGCCGAGAAGACCACGGCGGCGAAGAAGACCAAGGCCGAGAAGCGACCGCCGGCGUCCAAGGAGGGCGGCGAGAAGAAGGGGAAGAAGAAGUCCAAGAAGAGCGUGGAGACGUACAAGAUCUACAUCUUCAAGGUGCUGAAGCAGGUGCACCCGGACAUCGGCAUCUCCUCCAAGGCCAUGUCCAUCAUGAACUCCUUCAUCAACGACAUCUUCGAGAAGCUCGCCGGCGAGUCCGCCAAGCUCGCCCGCUACAACAAGAAGCCCACCAUCACGUCCAGGGAGAUCCAGACGUCCGUCCGCCUCGUCCUCCCCGGCGAGCUCGCCAAGCACGCCGUCUCCGAGGGCACCAAGGCCGUCACCAAGUUCACCUCCUCCUAGAUGGGCUGUUCCCUGUCAUGGUGGCUGAUCGAUGCUGCUCUGUAGUUAGUUAGCUGUUCGUACUCUGUCAUCUUGCAACUUAAGUGCUGGCUGUGUGUCCUACACAAACUGUUUCAUGAUCUGGAGAAAUAGUAACAGUGCUGAUUUAUUGUGUC